AUGACUGUGGCAUUAUCAUUUACAUUCCAGGGAGAGAAGCAGACCCAACAGCAGGUCAAUAAGCACAAAAGGGAGAUGGUUACGUGUGUGAGAACUCGAAGUCUGGUUAUCAGACACCAAGACGUUCCUUCCCUAACGAGCCCAGCACCAGGCGGUGUAUACCUGUGCACACUCGGGCCUUUGCCGCCGCCUCACCUCGCCUGUAAUCCUGAGCACCCUCGCCGCGCUCGGAGCGGGACGAGGAGCUGGGCCAGGCCGCAGCCAGGGCGCGCUUAUGUGGCCGACCUCGGCCUCGGCGUAGCCUUAAGAACGCAGCCAGGAUCGGAUCGUAUAUGCGCGGUCCCAGGCCGCGUUCGCGGGCGACAAGCAGCGGGGCCGAGCUGCCUGGAAGACGGCCGGGAGUGGACCGAGAAGCAGCGCCACCGGGCCGCGGGGGUCCGAGGGCAGUGCAGGCAGCAAGGGGGUCGCAGAGGACAACACGGCGACCAGCACCGAUCACCGGUGCGAGACGAACUCUUCACUCAUGUCUCGUACUUACGUUUGCGGGUGGUGCCAGGUAUCGUGUACCUGGGUCACAUCCCGCCGCGCUUCCGACCCCUACAUGUACGCAACCUGCUCAGCGCCUACGGUGAGGUCGGACGCGUGUUCUUUCAGGCCGAGGACAAGUUCGUGAGACGCAAGAAGAAGGCAGCAGCAGCCUCAGGAGGAAAAAAGGGAUCCAAGUACAGCAAGGACUAUACUGAGGGCUGGGUGGAGUUCCGGGAUAAGCGCAUAGCCAAGCGUGUGGCUAUGAGUCUGCACAACACACCCAUGGGUGCCCGCAGGCGCAGCCCCUUCCGCUAUGACCUGUGGAACCUCAAGUAUUUGCACCGUUUUACUUGGUCCCACCUCAGCGAACACCUUGCCUUUGAGCGCCAGGUACAGAGGCAGCGCCUAAGAGCCGAGGUUGCCCAAGCCAAGCGUGAGACCGACUUCUACCUUCGGAGUGUGGAGCGAGGACAGCGCUUCCUUGCAGCUGAUGGGGACCCUGCCCGCCCAGACAGUUCCUGGUCCUUUGCCCAGCGUCCUACUGAGCAGGAGCUAAGAGCCCGGAAAGCAGCACGGCCAGGAGGGCGUGAACGCGCUCGCCUGGCUACUGUGCAGGACCAGGCCCGCUCCAACCGAGGACUUCUUGCCAGGAUCUUUGGAGCUCCACCACCAUCACAGAACAGAGAGGGACCUUCUCUAGUUAAGGACUCCUGAGGGGCAGGAAGGCCCCUUCCAUGUCCUGGCCUUGCCCCGCUUCCUGUCUAUAUUAGGCUGGAGUGAGACUGCUACCCAAUAAGGAGCCAGAUAAAAAAGUUUUGUGGACUCCUCUGUCCCUCUUUUUCAACUUCUGCAAGCACCUGGCUGAAGCACUUUAUUCAUACUAGUGUGAUUAUGACUGUUGCAGCUUUUGAAAGCCAGUCUUUUGCCCAGUGGGGACCUCUUGAAAGCCCAUGACCUGGCACCAUGUGUGGCCUUUAUUUCCAACUAGAAUGAUAAUGGCCUGGCAUUCUUGUUCUGUUUACUGACAUAGGUAAGGGUAGCAACAGCACUGUUUUUAUUUAGAAAAUGUUAACAAGUUGCCAGGUGUGGUGGUGUGAGCCUGUAAUCCCAGCACUU